AUGGCACGAGCACUUCACGCAGCCCUGCUGUCCUCGUCUCCCAUGGCGCCAACUCUAAUUUCCAAAGGAUAUCGCCUGUGCGGCUCCUCCAAGGCCGCAAUCCUCCUCCGCCUCGUUCUCGCUUGUGCAGUCUCUGCACUCUUAGUCUUUGCGUACAUUUGCUACUGGAGCAUUUUCGUUGAAGCCGCCGUCGCCAAAGGGGAGGCAUUGAUGGCGCGCGGGCGGGAGCUGCGCAAACGCGGCGAGGCGGAGGUUGCGGACGGGUGCGCGGUGAAGUACGACGCGAGCGCGGAUCCGUGGGACAGCCAUCCGCUGCUUAGCGACAAGUUCUCGCAGUCCGGUUGCAAGCUGGAAUGGGUUAUUUACUCCUCGGAAUGCGGGGUAAACAUGGUGCGCCUCGCGGAUUUUGCGCACAUGGCGGGGAUAAGCUUCUCGAUAAUCGGAAGCCGCCAGCCCUGGACGGGCCAAGGCGGCCGCCUGCGCGCUAUCCGUGACUUCCUCGCGGCGCUGCCGCGUGAUCGCGUCGUCAUUACCACGGACGCCGAUGACGUCUUCUUAAUGCCGCACCCCAAAUGCCGCCCGCAAAAUUUCCUCGACGCCUUUUUCGCGCUCAACGCACCCGUUGUUUUCGGCGCGGAAAUUUUCUGCUGGCCAGAUUGGAAGAAGCUAGAGCCGUACUUUCCUCAUAAGAGAAGUUCGUCUGUGAAUCGGUUUCUUAACGCGGGAGCUUAUGCGGGGUACGCGUGGGCGCUGGCGGAGAUCAUCGAUCUUAUCUACGUGCGGGACUGCAUGCAGGACCAGCGCGGGUUCAUCCUCGCAUUCCUCGCGCAGCAGUACCUCUUCCGCGACAUGCCGCGUGCGCCCAACCCCGAUCCCGCCGCCGUGCGCGCCGCGUGGGAAUCGCCGAGCGACGUGGCGGAGGCGGUGCGCGCGCAGGCGGAGGCGGCGGAGUCGGCGAGCAGAGAGGCGUGGCGGAACAACCGCACGGUGCAGUUCGACUCAGAGAUGUCGCCGUUCCACCGCCUGCCCGCCAAGCCAAAACAGCGCGUGAUGGACGAAGCGCGGCGCGCCGGGCACCAGGGCACGGCGGCGGUUAUGGCGGCGCCGUUCAUAAAGCUGGAUCACUACAGCUCGCUGUUCAUGCACCUGGGGGGUCUCAAGUGGGGCAAUUUCACGAUCCUGGGUACAGGGGAGCAGGCGCUGGUGCGACAGGUUAUGUCGGGGGGGGAGGCAUGCAUCCUGCACCAGCAGGGGAAUAAGCUUACUAAUAUCUCCAUGACGUAUAUAAUGAAGGAGACCAGUUUGGAGGAGCUGAGAGAGGCGAAAGGCCUUCUUUCCGCCGCGAGAGCAGCGCCAGCAGCGGCUAAGCCAUGGGGUGGCAUCCGCAUCGAUAGCGGCGGCAUGAAGAACUUCACGGACAAUUUCACCCGGCAGUGGUCGCGCGAUACCGGCUUCACGAGCGGCAUGGCGGGAACGCUGAACCUCACGGGCGUGCCGAACGAGUUCAACAUGCCCAUGUACCAGAAGACCACGCGCUACUACCUCUUCGCGCUCGAGAAUUGCUACGAGAUGCCGGUCCCCGCCGGGCACUACCUGAUUCGGAUGUUCUUCAACCCGGGACCCCCCAAUGAACGCGGUGAUCCGGACCAGCGCGGGUUCAUCCUCGCGUUCCUCGCGCAGCAGUACCUCUUCCGCGACAUGCCGCGCGCGCCCAACCCCGACCCCGCCGCCGUGCGCGCCGCGUGGGAGUCCCCGAGCGACGUGGCGGAGGCGGUGCGCGCGCAGGCGGAGGCGGCGGAAUCGGCGAGCAGAGAAGCGUGGCGGACCAACCACACAGUUUUGUACGAUUCCGCGAUGUCGCCCUUCCACCGCCUGCCCGCCAAGCCAAAGCAGCGCGUGAUGGACGAAGCGCGGCGAGCUGGGCACAGGGGCGCAGUGGGGUAA